AUGGCAUCAUCAUCGUCGACCGUGGAUCGCCGCCGGAUCAACGGCCCGUCCUCGACGUAUUCUCCCAUCUACGACAAUCCACGCGCCCCAGGGCCUUCCUCUCCUGGGCCCUCGUCUGCGCAUUCACCGAGGACAGGCGCUGACCGUCUCACCGCGCGGCCAAUCUUUGUGCAGACGGGCCUCGUGCCGCAGGCCAAUGGAUCGGCCUACCUUGAGGCGGGCAACACAAAGCUAGCAUGCAGCAUCUAUGGGCCUCGCCAGGGGCGCAACGUGGGCCAGCGCGGGUACUCGGGGAAGGCCGAGCUCAAUGUCGAUGUUCGCUUCGCGCCCUUUGCAGGUCGGAGAAGGCGAAAGCCUGGCAAGGCCACGGAGUCGGCCACGCUCUCGGCGCUCGUCCAGUCCGCCCUUGCUCCCUCCCUGCGCCUUGAUCUGCUCCCCAAGGCUUCCAUUGACGUCUUUAUCACCGUGCUCGAGUCCGACGCAGCCGGCGACGGCGCCAAUGGCGAUUCCGACGACGAAGAGGCGGAGCAGAGCCUCGGGUGCGCCUCGCACGCGGCCACAGUCGCCUCGGCUGCUCUCGCUGAUGCGGGCAUCGAGAUGUGGGGGCUCGUCGUCGGCCUUGGCGCAUCGUCGUUCGACAAGCACGACGAACCGGGAAGCAACAGUAGCGUGCUCGUUGACGCAGCAGCCUCCGAGGCGCCUGCAGAGCAAAGGCAGCUGGCUUCCAUGACGCUGUGGACCAUGCCCGCGCUGGGCACGGUGACGGCCAUGUCGCAGCACGGACCACUGGAUCUCGACGAGCUCGAUCGCAUCCUCGUCAUUCUCCAAAAGGCUUCGACCCAUGUCCACUUUGUCGUCGCAAGAGCAUUGCAGGAUGGCUUUGCCGCGCGCAGAGAGAUCCUGGACAAGUCACAGAUGUAA